AUCUCUCUCAAACCUAACCGUAUAUCUCUCGAAGUGCACAUGUAUGUAUACUCCACAAGGCAGAAAAAAGAGUCAUCCACUCUUCUUUUCUUUUCUUUUCUCCUUCGACGAUGAAAAAUAAUCCUUCUCAUUCUCUCUGUCUGUGAAAGAAGGGUUUCUUUCCCUCAAAAUAAAUCCUAACUUUCUCUUUAUUUACCCCUCCAUGCCAUUCCCUUAAACGCUCUUCCUCUUCUUUGCAUGAGUGAGUCAUAAAUCACUGACUUCUUUUAGGGUUUCUCUCUCUCUCUUUACCAGUUGAAAACGAGAAACGACGUUGUUCUCUUUUCGAAAUCUAGGAUUUUCUUUCUUUCUUUCUUCGUUUUAUGACUGUUUGCAGGUUUUUGUAAAUAUGGAGCGAUCUGAUGGCAAAGAUUUCAAAGAAUUCACUGAUUCUUCUUCGGGUGCACUCUUUGAUGCUUCACGGUACGAAUUUUUUGGUCAACAUGCUGUGGAAGAAGUGGAGUUGGGUGGUUUAGAAGAUGAAGGUGACAAUCUUGUGCUUGGACCUGCUGAUGAUGAGUAUCGUUUGUUUGAUAGAGAUGAAGGUGUAAGUUUAGGAUCUUUAUCUGAAAUUGAUGAUCUGGCAAGUACUUUUGCAAAGUUGAACAGAGUUGUAACCGGACCAAGAAAUCCAGGAGUUAUUGGUGACAGAGGAUCUGGAUCGUUUUCAAGGGAAAGUUCAUCUGCUACUGAUUGGGCACAAGAUGGAGAGUUUGCUGGCUGGUUAGAUCAACAAAUGUUUUGUGCAGAAAAUGAUCAGGACAGCAAGAGAUGGUCAUCACAACCCCAACCUUCUUCUGCUCGUUUCUCAGAAUCAAAGCCAUUGUACAGAACUUCCUCGUAUCCCCUGCAGCCACUGCAGCAGCCUCACUUCUCAAGUGAACCAAUUCCUGUACCCAAAUCAAAUUUCACAUCUUUCCCCCCACCUGGUGCUUCUCCACACCACCUCAAUGUUGCUUCUCUUUCUGGUGGACUGCAGUCGCACUUGUCUGCUCCAAACCUCUCUCCUUUGUCCAACUCUAAUCUUCAUCUGGCUGGUUUACAGCACGGGUUACAUUAUGGUGGAAAUCUGCCCCAGAUCAUGUCUCCUGGCCUUUCUUUUAAUAAUAGGCCACAAAAGCAUUGGCCUAAUCAUGCUGGUCUAUUACAUGUAGAUCAGUCUAGGCUCUUAGAGAGUAUAUUGCAACAACAACUAUCGCAUCAAAAUGGCCUAAUGUCUGCCCAUUUGAUGUCACCACAGCAGCAAUUGCAACAGCAGAGACUGCACUCUUCACUUCAACCAUCACUGGCUCAUUUUGCCGCAAUGCAAUCUCAACUCUUUAAUUCCCAUCCUUCAUCAUUGCAUAUCAGGGAUCAAAAACAUAAAUCAUCCUCUCAAAGAAACCGGCGCUUUUCGCAAGGGUCUGACACUGGUAGUCAGAAAAGUGAUAGUGGCUGGGUGCAAUUCCGAUCCAAGCAUAUGACAGCUGAUGAAAUAGAGAGUAUACUGAAAAUGCAGCAUGCUGCCACUCAUAGCACUGACCCAUAUAUAGAUGAUUACUACCACCAAGCUUCUAUUGCCAAGAAAUCUACUGGGUCAAGAAUUAAACACAAUUUCUGCCCAUCUCACAUGAAGGAGCUCCCUUCUCGAUCUCGUAACAGUGCAGACCAGCAUUCUCAUCUCCAUUUUGAUGCUCUUGGGAAGAUUCCUCUCCCACCCAUACGUAAACCUCGCCCCCUUCUUGAAGUUGAUUCUCCUAGUUCUGGUGAUGGAAACUCUGAACAAAUCUCUGAGAGGCCUUUGGAACAGGAACCUAUGCUUGCAGCUAGAAUCACUAUUGAAGAUAGCUUAUCUCUUCUUCUUGAUGUAGAUGAUAUUGAUCGUUUCCUGCAGUGUAAUCAGUCCCAGGAUGGUGGGGCUCAGCUCAGGCGUAGGCGGCAGAACUUGCUUGAAGGCUUGGCAGCAUCACUCCAGCUUGUUGACCCACUUGGCCAAACUGGCCAAUCUGUUGGACUGGCCUCGAAGGAUGACAUUGUGUUCCUGCGGUUAGUAUCUCUUCCCAAGGGUCAAAAGCUUAUCUGCAAGUUUCUCCAGCUUCUAUUCCCUGGCAAUGAACUCACCCGUGUUGUCUGCAUGGCUAUUUUCCGUCACUUGAGAUUUUUGUUUGGUGGCAUUCCCUCGGAUACGGAUGCAGCUGACACAACUACAAAUCUCACAAAGACAGUUUCUGCAUGUGUAAAUGGCAUGGAUCUUCAUGCAUUGAGUGCUUGCCUGGUUGCAGUAGUUUGUUCUUCAGAGCAGCCACCUUUUCGGCCUCUUGGUAGUCCUGCUGGGGAUGGGGCCACAGUUAUUUUGAAAUGUCUUCUUGAAAGAGCUAGUAAACUAUUACAUGGUCCUCAGGCUUCUGCCAACUGUGCUAUGCCCAAUUUUGCUCUUUGGCAGGCAUCAUUUGAUGAAUUUUUUGAUCUUCUUACGAAGUACUGCCUGAUUAAAUAUGACACCAUACUGCAUUCAGUCUAUGCGAAGACACCACCUAGUACAGAAGGUAUUGAUUUGGAGGUGCGUGCAGCUACAAAACAAGAAAUGCCCGUUGAGCUUUUACGAGCUUGCCUUCCUCAUACGAAUGAACGCCAGAUGGAGCUCUUAAGACAUUUUGGGCAGCAACGCAAUGCCAGCACUGGGCUGAGUGCACAUCCAGGGAAUAGUGGUCACAUAAACUCUGAAUCGGUGAGGAGUUGAGCGAGGAAAGAAUUAAAGAUACUGCAACUGGAUGACCAUUCUGUGUAUAUCAAGCACUACGCUUAUUUGGAUACUGAAAUGGUACUAAUGUGCUUUGGAGCUUGGGAGUGGCAGAGAUUCACCUUUAUUGUGAGUCUGGUUUUACAAGGGUUCAUCUUUAUCUGUUUAAUAUUUUCCUUUAAAAGAUUAUCAACGACUCUAAUCUCAUUAAACCUAAAGUCAUAUGCAUAAAUUUGUAUCAUGAUGGAAAAUAUACAUGGGAGAUGGUGACUGGGAUGUCCUUUUUCAUUUUAUAUUCUUCCAAGGAGCUUUAUUUUGAUGCUCUAUGUUGUAAUUCCUGGCAAACAAAAGCUAAAGCUUAGGGGAUAGAUUGUACAGGAUAAACACUCCCUUUUAUUUUGAUCUGUCUUGUUCAUUGGAAGUCAAGGAAGUUGUAGUGAAGAGAGUUGUCCAAUGUUCAGGACCAUCAAGCUGGAUGUACUUGUUGGAGCAUGUAUCAGUCAGAACUGACAUUCAAAUUCUGUAAUAAAUUGCAAAUGUUGUGGAGGCGCAAGAAA